AUGCACGCAUCUCGCAGCAUCUGCUCAAGAUGCGCCUCUCAGAUCCACUCACUGCAAACCCGGCGUCUCGGCGGCACGGCGCUGUUUGCCUCUUUGAGCGACGCCGCAGGUCUCUCUAACGCUGGAUCAAACUCAUCAAGAUCAACAACUCAUGGUAAACAUCAAGAGGCUUCGGGACAAAAGCCACGCAGCUACAAUUAUGGCACAUCGAAAAGAAAUCCGAGGAGAGUCUUCAAUGGAGGUUCCGGUUCUGGCUUCGCAAAGAAAGGACCCCUCAGAGCCUCAGAAGACUCUGCCAUCGCUCUCUUCAAAGAUGUAGUCAAUCCAGAGACGAAAACAGCAAAGCCACAACCGUCUCCCCUUGGCGAACUGGAAAUUGCAGCAAAGAUCAAAGAACUAUCCAACAAAAAGAUUGAUGCCCUUGAAAAGCUGAAUGUUUUCCAGAAAACCAUCUCGCCGCACUUAGAGGGGUACUACGGACAAAUGCCCAAACAUUUACUCCUCUCCGCAUCUCAAUUCCUGGAAAAGACCUGCGAUGAAGUUACCGAGCGUGGCUAUACCGGCCACAGCAUUGAGCUCUCCAAGCUGUAUAGCAACAUAGGAAAGACGGAUCUCGAUAUUAGGAAUCAGCUCGUCCUCAACCUCUGUCAUGCCAUCCUCUUUCAGAAGCGAGAGUCGGCAGACCGUGCGAAGCUGAUGAAUGAACUCAUCGGCCUGUGGAAACACAUCUCUCAGCUUCGUCGCAGGAGUCAAGAGCAUGAACCUCUCAAAUUCUCCUUUCCUCAGGUUCAAGAUGUCCGGCGAGACAUUGCCGAUGGCAAAGCGACCAAAACGCAUCUUCAUCCCACGACUAGAUCAUUGGCCGCUCUAUUCCUCCAAUUCACCCCGGACCAGGCCCGCGACAUUAUUCCAGGCCUCUUGACUACUCUUGCUAUUCUCUCAGAUCCAAGAUUUAUCAGAUCCGGGACAUACACAACCAUGGCCCCUCUCUUGAAUCUACUAGCUAUAGCACUGGGAAACAAAGAGGGUGUGCCUGAGUCCUACAUAUCCGGAGUAUACAGCGAUCGUAUUCGGUUCCCCUCGACCAAACUCUCUGAGAUCCAAUCCUACGUCGUCCAGCAAUGGCCUCAAACAAUGGAGAUGCUGCAGAAAGAAGACGCACCGUGGCAUUCAAACUCAUCGCCAAUCUUCAAUGCUCUCCACAAACAGCUCCGGCAGGCAUACAACGCCCGCGACAAUGGCACCGUAUACUCCAUCUGGCAAGAUUUCAAGGGCCGUCUAGACCGGAAACCAGGUCUCGCAAAGCAGCUGCGCAACAACGCUGAAUUCCUUGACUUUUGGAUAUUCGUCUGGUGCGCGUUCCGCCGCCAUCGAGAUUUGCAGGAGACGUUUGACUUGAUGCAGCGACUGCAGAUAUACCCUACCAUCAAGACCUACACAGGUAUGAUGCACGGCUGGAAGAUAUGCAAGGAUACAGACAAAAUCGAGGCACUUUGGACGAAACUAGCAGGUUCGGGCAUGAAGCUCGACACCGUCAUCUGGACAGAGCGCAUCUCCAGUCUUAUCGAGGCUGGAAAGCCGCAAGCUGGAAUCGAGGCACUUGCUGAAAUGCUCGCUCUAUGGAAGACGGCAGUCCAGAACAAUGCUCAGCAUACAGCCGCGCAGCCCACCAUUGAGGCCGUCAACGCAGCUUUCAAGGGCCUCAUCCAAGUCGACCGCAAAGCCGCCUUUGACGUGCUCAAGUGGGCAGGCCGCGAGCAAAUCGAGCCCAACGUCCGCACAUACAACAUCAUCAUCCGCCAGAGCUUCCGCGACGGCUCUCCCGACGAAGUGCAGAACUUGCUAAAAGUCAUGUCCGAGAACAACAUCGAGCCUGACUCUGCCACAUUCACCAUCAUCCUCGAGGAAGUCAUCGGCGGAAUGGGUCCCGCCCCAGCCGCCGACCAAGUCGAAGCCGUCCACCUCGUCUUCCAGGACAUCGCCAAGGCCGGCCUGCGCCCCAAUCAGGAAACCUACGGCAAGAUGCUCUACGCCGUGUCGUCCCUCGCCAACGGCACCGACGAGGCCAUCGACGCCGUGCUCAAGCACAUGCGCCAGGACGACUUCAAAGUGACCCCCCACAUGGUCACCAUCCUCAUCGAGCGCGCCCUCAACCGCGACCCGCCCAACAUGAAGGACAUUGACACGCUCCUCCUCGAGCACGGCUUCUCGCACGUCGGCGUCGGCGACCAGACCCUUUGGGAGCGCGUCAUGAGCGCAAACGCCAUCACCGGCAACACGGAUCGCGCAAUGGCCGUGUUUGAGGACCUACAGAAGGCGAGACGGCCGGUGACGUCGCUGCCGUGCCUGACAGAUCUGCUGUGGGCGCUGCUGGCGAGGGAGAAGCGCGACGAGGCAAGGCGCGUGGUGGACGUGGUGCUGGAGUAUAAGACGAAGGAUAGGGACUGGGAGGGAGAGUCCAAGGACAACAGGUACUGGAAGCAUCAUUUCUGGUUUUUGGCGGAGGAGAGGGGGUUGCUUGAGGGGAGGGAGGUGCCGGAUGUGCUGAGGACGAAUUUGCGUGGAUAG